AUGGCGACUUCAAGUCGUUCUAACCAUGAGUUGCUGCAGAUUAUAAAUGGUAAAUCUGCCCUUAGGAGUCAGGAAGAAAUAUGCAAUGCUUUGAAACUGAAUCAGAAGAGGUUAUUGGAAAUGCUUGAUUAUUACAAAAAACCAAGCAAUGAUUCUGCAAACAGACUUAAAAAUGACAAUACCAUUGGGAAGGCAUCAAAGGAGUUUAUAUUAAAACUCAGCACAUUUCUGGGUCUUGAUGAAUGGCAAAGUCACCAGUUAUUACUAAGUUAUUUGAUGUUUGCUUUCAAAGGCACUCGUAAACAGUUGCAGGUUAUCAUAGGUGAAGAACGGAAUUCACAGGCUUUGAUUAUCAAGAUUAUGGAAUACUAUUUUUCUGAAAGAAUGUGUUUAUUACAUUGUAUAAAGCACAUCCUGAGUUUUUGGCAAGAUGAGAAUCAUCCUUAUCUAGUACAAUAUAGUGAAAGUAUUAAUGAUUUAAUGCAAGAUGAUCAACUAAAUAAAAACUUAAUAUCACAACUUGAAAAGAGUUUUAUUUCAAUGGUACCCACAUCGCAAAAACACGGGCAAUUGAUG